AUGUCCCGGCGCAAGAUCUCCUCGGAGUCCUUCAGCUCGCUGGGCUCGGACUGCCCGGAGACCAGCCCCGAGGAGGAGGGCGAGUGUCCCCUGUCCCGCCUCUGCUGGAACGGCAGCCGCAGCCCCCCCGGCCCCGCCGACACCCCCUUCGCCGCCGCCGCCGCGGCCAGCGCCGGGGCGCGCCGCGCUCCGCGCCGCCGCCGGGUCAACCUGGACUCGCUGGGCGAGAGCAUCCGCCGGCUGACCGCCCCCGCGCCUCAGACCAUUCGGCAAACUCUUCAAAGGACACUGCAGUAUUUUGAGCAUCAAGUUAUUGGUUACAGGGAUGCAGAGAAGAACUUUCACAAUAUAUCAAACAGAUGUUCGUAUACAGACUGCUCUGGCAAUGAAGAAGCCGAAGAUGUCUCAGGAAUUCUCCAGUGUACGGCUAAUGUACUUGGUCUGAAGUUUGAAGAAAUGCAAGAAAAGUUUGGGGAGGAAUUCUUCAAUAUCUGCUUUGAUGAAAAUGAGAGAGUUCUUCGAGCUGUAGGUGGGACCCUUCAAGACUUCUUCAAUGGCUUUGAUGCUUUGCUGGAGCACAUUAGAACUUCAUUUGGAAGACAGGCCACCCUGGAAUCCCCUUCUUUCCUAUGCAAAGAGCUCCCUGAAGGCAAUCUCAUGCUUCAUUACUUUCACCCACAUCAGAUUGUGGGAUUUGCAAUGAUGGGAAUGAUAAAGGCAGCAGCAAAGAAGAUAUAUCGCUUGGAAGUGGAAGUAGAACAGGUCACUAAUGAUAAAUUGUGUUCAGAGGGGACGAACCCCGGUAACUGCAGUUGUCUGACUUUCCUUAUCAAAGAACAUGAAAAUGCAAAUAUCACAAAAGCACUUCCACCGGGAACUUCCCAGUCCCCCUUAGACCUGAGGAUUAGCAUCAGCACCUUCUGCAGAGCUUUCCCCUUUCACCUGAUGUUUGAUCCAAACAUGCUGGUUCUCCAGCUUGGAGAAGGUCUUAGGAAGCAGCUCAGAUGUGACACUCAUAAAACUCUGAAAUUCCAAGACUGCUUCGACAUAGUUUCUCCUAAAAUCAGUGCCACAUUUGAACGAGUUCUCCUGAGAUUAUCUACUCCCUUUGUCAUUCGGACCAAACUCGAGGAUUCUGGCUCUGAAAAUAAAGAUAAGGUGAUGGAAAUUAAAGGACAAAUGAUUCAUGUGCCAGAAUCAAACUCAAUUUUGUUUCUGGGUUCCCCCUGUGUGGACAAGCUGGAUGAACUGAUGGGCCGAGGCCUCCAUCUUUCAGACAUACCUAUCCAUGAUGCUACUCGCGAUGUCAUACUGGUUGGGGAGCAAGCAAAGGCCCAGGACGGCUUGAAAAAACGAAUGGAUAAGCUGAAGGCAACGCUAGAAUGCACACACCAAGCCCUGGAAGAGGAGAAAAAGAAAACAGUAGAUCUGCUUAUUUCUAUUUUCCCUGAAGAAGUGGCUCAGCAGUUGUGGCAGGGGCAGCAGGUUCAAGCCAGGAAGUUUGACGAUGUCACCAUGCUCUUCUCAGACAUUGUCGGCUUCACUGCCAUCUGUGCACAGUGCACGCCCAUGCAGGUCAUCAGCAUGCUGAACGAGCUCUACACGCGGUUUGACCAUCAGUGUGGUUUCCUGGACAUCUACAAGGUGGAAACAAUAGGUGAUGCAUACUGCGUUGCAGCAGGGCUCCAUAAGAAAAGCCUUAGUCAUGCCAAAGCCAUUGCUCUGAUGGCACUGAAGAUGAUGGAGCUUUCAGAAGAGGUUCUCACUCCAGAUGGGAGCCCUAUUAAGAUGAGGAUAGGCAUUCACUCAGGAUCAGUGCUGGCCGGCGUUGUUGGUGUAAGAAUGCCACGUUAUUGUCUCUUUGGGAACAAUGUCACCCUUGCAAGCAAGUUCGAGUCAGGAAGUCACCCACGCCGCAUCAAUGUCAGUCCAACCACAUACCAGCUUUUGAAAAAGGAAGAAAAUUUUGUUUUUAUCCCUCGUUCCCGUGAAGAGCUUCCAGAAAACUUUCCAAAGGAAAUUCCUGGGAUCUGUUACUUCCUCGAAGUCAGAAGUGGUCAGAAGCCGCCAAAACCCUCCAUCACAUCUGCCAGAGUGAGAAAGGUUUCUUAUAACAUUGGCACCAUGUUCCUACGGGAGACUAGCCUAUGAGGCCUGCUGCAGAUCAAAGACUCAUCAAAAAAGCACAAGCCCAGAACUGGGUCAUGACAGGGGAGUUGGAGGUUCUUUCUAUUUCACUGCCUUGUUCUGAACAAGCAGGAAAAGCUCCAUGUAAUGUCAGGCAAUAAUAAUUUUAAAAGGUAGGUGACUGCUGUCAGUAAACAAAGUGGAGAUAGGGAAAAAAAAAAUUAAAUAAUAUACUUCCACUUCCAGAGGAAUUUCUUUCAUAAACUUCAGUCUGACCCCUCUAUGAUAAACAAAAACAAAACAAAAAAAACCCCAACUCUCAAAUUAGAGUUUGGUUUUGUUUCGUGCAGAAAGGAUGAUGGUUCUCUGUAGAUUUGCACCAGCUAAGCAGAAUUGAAAGUCAGUUCUGAUUAUGCAUUCCUACAUUUAAUAUGUUCUUCAGUAAGGUAAUGGUGUUUUUUAACUUUAUGAACAAACAUUUCAUACAUAUACUGUAGACCUGUUGUAACCUUCCUGGCAGGAGGAAUUAUAAUUCAAUACAAAUAUUGUAGGAAUUUUACCUAUUUUUAUACAUAUUUCACUUUCUGGAUAAUUACAUUCCACAUACUGUAAGCUGAGUGAACUUAGAUAGCUUUUCAGAAGAAGCUACUGUAUAUUUCAUACAUUCUAUCUAUCAAACCUUAUUGUUAUACAUGUGGAAAGAAGUCAUUUUUUGACUUUUUUGGCAACAAAAAUAUUCAUAUUUUAGAGAAAAAAACACUUUGGUAAAUCUCUUUAUCUGAUGUUUAUGCUAAAGCUUUAGAUGAGCAUUGUCUUGCUUAUAUAAAAUAAUGUUCAGUAUUUGUCCUACAGUGCUGUAUGUCCAGUCCUUCCAGGGCAAUGCAAACGAAGUGUAGAAGAUCAAUGUGUUGACAAAGAGAAAAGUUCUGUUUAGUGGGGCUUGUUUCCCACUCAAUUAUCAGCCAGACUGAUUUUGGGUAGAAGUCCUGGACUUUUUUUUAAAAAAAUUGAUCUUGUGAAAACUUAUUCUGAGGAAUUCCAGCAGAUACUGGAAGCUCUCUGGAAACUGGUUUUCCACAUUUUUUUAACAGGACUUGUGCUCCUACUCCAGUUUGAUUAUUGAAAAUCCUAUCUGUUAUUAAUGAUGCCUAUCUGGAAAUUUCCUCUGUUGCUGGACUGAUCCCCGGCUUUAUCUAAUGUAGACCAACAAAACACUGAAAAGGGGAAGGCAAUACUUUCCCAGGUUUAAUGCAAAUGGCAGUUCAAGAUUUAGAUGAGUCCAUGUCAAUUUCUGAAAAAAAAAAAGCCAAUUAUUUGCUGUUGAAAAUUAAUACAGCAUUAUUGUCCUCAGUGAAUCAAAUUGGAGCAAGGUGUGGAUCUGUCCACUAAUAGGCACUUUCAGGCAUUGUUUAUUUCUCAGGUUUUCCUUUCCAGAAAUAUUGGCAGUCAGUUUUCCUCUGCAGGUGUACUUCCUUUAGGGUUGUACUGAAGUGGAUGAUGUUCUGCUCUUGUAGAUUGUUAGUUAACACUUGUGCAGUGAUUUUGAAGUGGUUUACAUUUACGUGGUCCUGAUCAAAGCUCACUGAAAUCAAAGAUAAGACUCUCAACAGCACUAGGAGGCAUGAGAAGCUCAGCAUUUAUAUAAUCCAGACCAGAAAUUAGAGUUUACUUAUGGAUUUAGUAGUCAUAACUUGAGGCACCUUUUGAAAAUAAGUAACUUUCACCACAUAUCCAGAUUAUCCAGUUAGAUCUUUCUGUGGAGGGAAUGACAGUGUUGCAUUUCUACUCUUUGACUGGUAGUCCAUGUUAGAGUGGGAACAACUCAGUGUGGCACUGCUAGCCUGUGCUAACACGUUUCAGGAUUCCCUUCCAUGAAGCCUUUCUAGAUGAGAAAGGACUAUAUCGGACCUAUAGAGACUUCAGCAUGUAAAGAACAUCUGAACUUUUUAUGCAGGGGUGGUUUUUCUCCCUGAAAAUGGUAGAUGCAUGGAAAUUAGCACAGAAACUUAUUUAAAUGGAAAUUCCCUUGCUUUCUAGAGGAACACUGAUGUUAAAGAUUUCUUCCACUGAUAUUAGAGCAUCCUUGGGAUUGGAGGAGUUAAUCUUUUAUCCACCUUGCUAAACAACAUCUGCAGCUCUACUGUCUAUCUGAAAAAAGACUUAAUAAAAACUGUUUGAACUUGAGGUUGAAGAAUUUCCAUCCAAACUACAGAUUUUAGAAUUUUCUGCAUAAGAUGACAAGUUUCAGCCUGUAGCCAUUAGUUUGCACAGAACACAGGAUGUAGCAUGCAUUUUUUUCAUGGGAACACCAGUGAGACAUGCAAGAAUCAUAAAUGGAGCAAAGUUCAUGUUUCACCACUGGAAGAGCAACACUACUUCCUAGCUAAUAAAGCUGUGGUUUUGAUGUCAUUACCAAGUUACCUAGAGUGAAAAUUUUUCAAAUAGUAGUCGAUAGCUUGAGAUUUCAUUCUGAGUUCCCUGACACAUCCUCAUUGUUCAGUAGGUGCUGAUGUAAGAGUGCCAGUCUAGCCAAACUCUUUUUCUCUUCUCACCACUCGUGGUUCUGUGUGAAGAGGACAAAUGUAGAGAUUCAUAUCAAAAGCUUGUGGCUCAAUAACUUCUCUCUCACAGUUGCUAAUAGGAGAUGUCUAGGUUAAUUCUGUGGCUGAUCUUGCUAGAUCUAUGGAAACAUUUUCAUGAGAAAUGGUGGAUAAAUGCUAAUUCUACUAGCAAAUUGGAGAGGCAAUCUAAAAGAAAUUGUAUCACCAUCCUCAUCCUCUCAGAGACUGUUUAUUCUAUAAGGAAAUUUAAAAUCACAGAGAUCAGUUCAAAAACUGACCAUUGGUGUUGACAUCACCAUGGAGACAAUUACAGUGUUUGCAAAUAAAUCAUCUAGCUCCUCAAAUUAGAGUAGAUUUUCUAUAUAAGAAUACACAGUCUCUGCUUUUUAUAAGCUUGUGUAAAGGUAACAUGUCCAGAACUUCAGAAGUGAUGCUAAGUUUUGUGUUACUUCCCUUGUCAUGACACGGGAAGUUAAAAAAGUGUGGGUUCUUUCAGGAUAUUUUUCUGUCUUGUUGUGAGAAAAUUGUAAAACAAUUCUCAGCACUCUUUAACUUAGUAGUUUCAUCUGCUGCCUUUAAGGUUUCAAGUUUGUUUUUGAUGGACACCUUUAUGAAGGGAAAUGAAAUUGAUUAUCAAGGUUGAUGCUGUGAAGUCAAUUAGAUGGUAGUCGGACUCAACAUUUCUUCAACAACACUUACUUUUAGUGAUAGGGAAAACUCUCAUUUGCCUGGCAUUGUCUUCAUAAAUAAAAAGAUUCUCAGAGUUUUUAUACCUUGGGAUGUUGAGGGUAAAGGUGCUGAAAUGGAUGCAGAAAUCAAAUACUGUAGUUGGAAUUUUCUUCUAGUAUUUUGCUUCCUGUAAAACAGAUGACUUUUUGUUCAUCUGAUUAAGAAUUUACAUGCCUGUGUUUCUUCAUAUAGCUGCAAGUAGCAACAUUGGCUGUCUUGAGUUUCUGUACAAAACAAAUUGACCCUCUCUGAAGAUAGAGGGAGGAGCUCUGUUGCAUAUUCCCUGUACAAGGCAAGAUGAUGUGAGGACCCUAGCUGGGGUCAUCAGUCUCUGCUGCAAAUUUGUUCUGUGCAGCUUCCUUCUGCUCCAGGCUCUGAGGGACCAGGCUUAAAGGGAACAUGGAAUAACCACAGAGGAAGACCCAGGGCCCAACUUUUUGUACAAAAGUCGUGAGACCUAAGUAAACAGAGGCAACAGUCAUUCCCCCAGAGCACUUUUUGCAGAUCUUGUGUCAGGUUUUUCCACCUGCUUGAAGCUCCUCAUCACACAGGCUCUUCUGUGAUACAGGCCAGACAGGUCAGGAACUCAGAAAAAGAAGAAAAUAGUGAUGGAAGUAUUAAAGUGGUGGAUAAAUUUUGUACUACAUCACCUUGGUAAUAUCUGUCAUUCAAUGACAAAAGCUUCUACAUGGGAAAAUUGCUGCUAAACCAGGACUCUCAAAGUGUGGUUUUCUUGCAAGAUCCCACAGGAUAUUUAUUUUUUAAUUCCAAAGAGCCAGGAGUCAUUAAUUGUGGUUGUGGUUUUGGCUUCACUGCUCAUACCCACAUCCAGUUUCAGACCUGAUUCUGUUUGGAAAGGCUUUUUGGAGCCUGGAAACAUGCCUCUGCAAACAGAAAUCCAAAGCUUUUAAAACCUUGGAAGGCUUGUGCUGGAAUUGCCUAUUCCAAAGAAGAAAUCCUUGCUGUUGAGUCAUUAGCAGGUCUUACUGCAGUUCAUGUGUGUGCAUAUGCCAUUUCGCAGUAAUAUCUCCUCCUGUGUUUACAGUGUUCCCUACCAAGCCCAACAGCGGUUUUGAGUGUAUGACUACCUUUUCUCUGUUUUCCAUUAAUAUUCUCUGUCAUUUUUUUCUGUAUAAAACAAGCAGUGCAGAACCAUGACAUGCUGCAUGCAUUUAAAAGUAUCAUAGCACUGCACUGAGGCUUAAACUCUGCUAAACAAUCUCACGUUGUAUAUUUCUUCCUCUGAAUAGAUCCUUCUCCCAGAUGAUUUAAAAAUGAAGGAAAAAAAAAUACCGCCACUGCUGUGUUGAAUUGCAAAUGAGUAUGAAACCUGCAUCAGUUGUUGGGGCAAAUUUAACUGCUGGACAGCUUUUAGAUUCUUCAGCUGCGACAAGCUGUCACGCUUGCAUGCUCCAUGCAAGCUGUCCUGCCAAGAAGUCUGUAACCCAACAGCAGCAUCACAAAUUUGUGGCAUUUUCUGGGUUUUCCUCUUCCAGUCUCAGGCCACUACCUCACCUCUGCUGAGUGCUCAGAGCUCACUGAAAAGACCGAAUUCCUAGUCCUAAUGCAGUCUCAGAGUUUCUGGCUUCGUUUUCGGAUUCUGGUGAUCUAUUGCAAAAUUACACAUGUGUAAUAUUGGAAAUAGCAACAUGCUUAAAUUAGCAAAAAACCAGGAAGCAUAAAAAAGCUUGUCAAACUCAGAAGCAGUUGGUUCCCUUCCUUCAAGGUAAUACAUUAUUCAUAGCACUUUACUAGGAUUGAGGGUGCCAGUGACAGGAGAGGCUGUGGAUGAAUUGAAGAUGCUGAGUGUGCAGGAGACUCGACAGGCAGGAGUUGAUUGGCCCCUGCUACUGUUCAUCAUUCCAUCACCUUGCAUGCUAUUUUUCUGCUCUUGGUGAGGCUUCUGCUCUUCAAAAGGCCUCCACUUUUCUUUCUUUAGCACCCUGUAUGAGACACAGAUAGUUAGUAAUUCUUAUUAUUGUUCCUAUUAGUAUCUGUUGUUGACGUGGAUGGCUGCUUAUAUCUAAAUAACUGGGAUUAAAGGGCUGAUCUUACUCUUCUUUGCAACAAAGACAAAACUGUGACAGUGACAUGGCAGGCACUCACAUCCUUAGAGAGGAAGACUGCAGUGCUAGUUGUCACUGGUGGGUUUGGGUGAAGAAGUAGUAUAUUAACAGUCCAUGGCAAGUUUUUAACUUUCCCAAGCACUAAAUUUAUCCAUGCCAUUAGGAGUUGCUCUUUAACGCUGUUAUUAAUUUGCAAUGCAUGAGCAGCCUUACAACAAAAAUCUGUAAACUGUUUAACCUCAUAUACAUGAUUGAUCUUUUGUGGCUUGGCUAUUAAUCAUGCAUGAAAGCAAGCACGAUGGUGAAACUGGGUAAUGUACCAGUUCAGUCAUAGGCAACAGAUCAUUCACCUCUGCACAUGCCUACUUAUUCCUGUGGUUUAGAAAAGUUGACCCCCGGUUAUCUGUGGUCCAGGUUUGUAUCAAUCUGUCACCAUAGCAACAAAAUGGCCUCUGAAAAACAGCAUGAGGCAUCUCAGUCUGCUUCCCUGUGGGCUGGGGUUCAUGUUACAGAGGCCAAUACAGUAAGUGAUGCCAAGGGGCAACUUUGCUGGCAGUCUUAACAAAAGGAUCAGUGGAGGCAGAUGUUAAACCGGCUGUUUGCUCUUGGGAUUCUAGUUUCCAAAGGCAGAGUGAGGCUGAACAUAUUUUAUUUUGGACAUUUAUUUUAUUGUGGCUAACAGGGAGGCAACGGAGUGAAAGGGCGUCCAAAGGGACACACUGACUGCCUCGGCUGCAGCAGUGCUCUCUUCUGCCUUCAGCUCUCUGGCCCACUUUGGCUUUAGCAUUCCAAGAAUCAUAUUUCCUUUGAAGACUUGGGAACAGGUAAGUGCUUCAGGCACUUGUCACGUGUGCUCUAGACACAGCAUGAGACUGCCUAAAUUCCUGAGUGUGCUUAACUUUCUCAGUGACCACAGAUGGCAAACUUAGACUAGACGUCUGUUUUUUAAGAUGGGCAAAAUAAGAGAGUUUGAUCCCACUGAAUUAAGCUCUUCCCGGCACAAGUUCAGUGUCUUGAAUCUUUUAGUCUUGCUACUUUUCAGAGUUUUGCAUUGACUGAAAUAAAUUGAAUCAAACUAAGUGGCAGAGGGGUAGAUAAGCAUAUUCCAGGAUAAAUAAAGGUUUGAUAUGGUAGCCAUGAUAAAUGUCAAGAACAGGGGCUACUGCAGUUCCGGAAACCUCUUCCUUCUUAUGUCUGAACCCUUUACAUACGAUACCAGUACUGCCAGUCACAACUGCUGGAUGCCAUUAGGACUGUGGUUUAGAAAAGCUGUUGAGCUUUGAGCUCCUAGCCCAAUUAUGCAAACCCUCUGUGCCACCUUCACCUGAAUUAUAUGUCAGAAUGCCUACAUAGACCUUGGAGUAGAGAUGGCAAUAAAAUACAUAAAUUCUAAAGAGCAGAGAUAGUUGCUAGGUUAUCAUUAACAUACAUUUUUUGUGCUUUUGUGACUCUGUAGGCCAAAAGUUACCUUUCCAUUAGCAGAAGGUCUCACAUUGAGCUACUUGUUUUCUAGAUAAUUAUUCCCUAGCAAUACUCUCUAAUGACUACUCUUGAAGCAAUAAGUAAGGCUGUGCUAAUCUGCUCUGUGUAGAUUCUUGUACAACACCUAUCACCUUAACAAACCACCUUUUAGCAGAACAUUAAAUGACAGAGUAACACCCUGUCAUGUAUUGUUUGUCCUUCUAUCCUCUUCCCCAGGGAAGAAAAGUAUGUAGUGGAAUCAUUUGAUUUUGUGAGGUGUUGUCAUUUUGUUAGUUUUCUAAAAACAUACAUUGCUACUUCCUCAAAUAAGGAAGAGCAAACUCAGAACUAUAGACAGGGAUUAGAAAAGAGUUUCAAUUGUAAACAGAGUAUUUUAAAGACUGCCCACUGAGUAGGACUGGUUUCCCAUCCUAGAAACAACAAUACCAGUAAUAUAUGUAAGAUAUACCCAGGAAUUAUAAAUAUGAGCAAUAAAACAGGCAGGUAUAUAUAAUGGAUAACUUCUGCUUUAUACGCAACAGUAAAUAGAUGGUAAAACUGAGUAAUACCCAGAGAGGAGGAAUACUGUUUAAUCUAUUUUGGCAUUUGUUUUAUUACCAGUAUAUGUCUAAGGUAUUAUUUUUUCCUUCCCCAAUGAGACUGGAACACACUGUUAAAUCAAUAUCAGAGUUUCUGAAUGUAUUGCAGAAGAACAUGGUUAGGAAUAAGUAACUAUCAAGGAGAGUUUGUUUAAAAAUGAGCUAUUUCUUCAGAGAACGGAUCUGAUGGAAAAGAGAAAAGAGGUAUGGACAGGUAUAUUUAUUUUAAAAGUUUCUAUGGCAUUUCUGAUUGGUUGAAAUAAUUCUGAAACUGUACACUUAAAGUACAUCUGCCUGGUUCAGGGUAUUUGCAUUUGCUAAGAAGGAGGAGAUACCUAACUUUGCUGAAUGAUCUGGAGAUUCUGAAUGCCUGAUUAAGUUUUGGAAAUGUGGAUUAUAAGUCUGUGUAAUUUACGUUCCUUUGAAAUGUUGUUCAUAAUGACGUGUGGAAGCAAAUUCUAAAUAUCCAACCAGCAUCAAAGGAGAGUUUUCCCUAUGCUAACCUGUGCUGGAUGGUGAAAUGUGGACUUUUUUCUAAUCUAUGCAGUUUUUUACACCGUUUUACAAGGUGAUGCUCCCAGAUGUGUUGGUGUGAGCAUAUGAAUGCUCUGCUCUUCAGUGGGGAUGAGGCUCAUUACCCACCUUUGUGAUGUUCUGAGGGAUCCUGAGGGAGAAAGCAGUGCCCAGCCAGCUCCAUCCAAUUUUGCUCAUCUACUGAGGGAGUGUCAAGCUGAGUCCAAAAUGUAUUUUCUCAUGACAUCUCUAAGUCAAUUCUAGUGUGCUUCCCAGUGUUUAGGUGUGUAAGCAUUCCUCUCUGGCAACUUCUCACAGGUGCUAUAAGUGUAUAGGUAAGAAGCCGACAAAAAAGAAAGCAUCUGAAGAAAGUGACUUACGUGUAUAGGAGAGAGCUGCUGUAUGUAGAAGUGAUGCUGAUUCUCAACUUUCUUGUAUUUGGAUGACCCAGAGAGUAUUCUGGGUAUGGUGAAAAAUGCAAGUGCUGUGCAUAAUGUCAUGAACUCUCAAGGCAUUAGGAUGAGUUUUAGAGCCCAUAAUCCUUAGAGUUUUAGUGGAAUUGCAUGAGAAAUGCACUAUUUUUGGAAGAGGGAAAGUUGCUUUGUAUUUUAGAUAAAAGUUGAAUCUCUAGUUGCACAGAAAAAUUGUGGGGGACAAUUAAAGUCUAAAAAUUCUAAAUGCAAAAUGCAAAGAAGAACAUCCCGCUUCUUUGUAUUAUUUGACUUUUCAGGAGGUAAAACUCAGAAUCCCUCUACGAGUUUCAAUACUGAAUGCAAAACUAGAUGUGAAACAUUACAGGUGAAGUACUUUGCCAACUGGUAGAAAUUUGGAGAGGAUAGUAAGAAUGCCUUUUAAAAAGUAUGUAGGGAUAUGAUACUUAAAUAUUAGCGCUUAAAAAAAAAAAUCAAAACUCUUCUGCUUUGUAAGUAAAUAUUGUUUAGAAAUGCCUAAACUGAAAGAAAGUUUGGAAGACUGUUGUAUAAUAACAAAAAGAUACGAAGUCUAUGACAUAACCUAUAGUUCACACCAUUUCUUCAGAAACAGUGCUAUAUAUGGAAUUUUCUAAAGCACAUUCAACCAACAGUUUUUUAUAGUUAAUUGCAAAGAGAGCAGUAUUUCACCAAGCACCUUCUGCAAAAAUGCCAAGUGGAUCAUGUUAGGUAAGGCCUAGAUUUAACUCGGUUGGUUUAGAGUGUAUUAAGAGAUACACUGCAUCCUGAAGCAAGGCUUUAAAUGCGCUUCCUAAUAUGUGUCAGCAUUGUGCCUUUUACUGAAGUCUAACCAAAGCCCAGUCUAGACAAAAUUCCCAACCCAAUUUAUAUUUCCUCUCCAGAAAAUUAGCACUUCACUAAGUUGUAGCCAGUAAAGUAUUAGAUGCUGGAAUAUUGCUUAUUAUUCUUAUGUCUCAUUCUGCCCAAGUUGCACUGGAGCCCAUUACGCUCUAGAGCACCAAGGAUUUGGGGAAUUGCUGUAAGAUUGAGUGAAAUUCAAUUAAUGUAGAUUUAGAUAUUUAAAAACUGUGUCUGGUCUGAGCUAGUCAGGUCAGCUCCCUCUACAGUCAGUGCAGACAUCCUGACAUCUCAAAGAAUGAUCGUUCCUGGAGAAAGUGUUAAGGAUGAGAUAAACCACUGCCUUAGAUGUGCUCUUCUCUCUCUCCCCAGUGGCUACAUACAGUAUAGAGCUGGAGGACUCGAUCACAUUAGCUGCCAUACUGUCGGUGAGAUAGAUUCCACUGCUGUUAAGAGUAUCUAAUAGGACAGAACAGCAGAUAUACAUGGAGAGAAUCACAUCAGUGGCAAGGGCCAGGCUCCAACCAGAGAUUGAGGGUUGUGGUGGUAAAAUUACUAAGAUUCGAAAGGUCUGGCUAGGAAGUUUAUCUUAAUUAAAAGAACCUUCCUUUCAACUAAAAGCUAACAAUCUGUGACUGUUUCCAACUCCCCACUUCUGAUCCAAGAUAAUACUGGUGUGCUGCUCCCAUAGGCUCCACCAAGAGCUAUCUUUCUGAAUCCUCAUGUUUUUACUCCUUGAUUCCUUCUUAGAAUAGUGGCAGUUAGCAAACUACUUAAGGAGUCCAUCCCUCCCAGGAAUGGAUAUCUGGUUUUUGUAACAUUGAAAUUAUCAUUUUUCCUCACGCCUUUCUUUUUUUCUGAAGCAGUAUAUAGGUUGGUCUCUGCAAUCACUUGGGAAAGAACAGGAGAGCAGAGGGGGAGACGCUGGCUGAAUGUUCUUUCACUACAGUCAUAGUUACUAAAGCUUCUGUCUGACCUGUCCUAAAUUGUACUUGUGUUGUUACACACUUGGAGUAUCCAGAUCCUCCAACAGGAUCUUGGGUUGGGCCCUGAACCAGAGUCAAGUGGGAAGAACAAGGGCUGCCACUGCUAUACUGCUCCCAUACUUGUCUCUUGUGUUUGCAAUUGCUAUUCUGAUCCUUUGAUGUUUGUGGUGAUUUUCACUGAAGUCUUGGUUAGGGAGGCCGUGGGAAAGUUCUCCUUGGGAAGAAGCAAUAGUAUGCAGUCCUCCACACUCUGAACUCUCACUCUCUCCAGAGGAAAAGAAUCAGAAAUAUUAUUGUCCUCAAGAGCUGAGAAAACUUGCAGAUUUUCCAUAUAUAAUAAACAGUUUCUAUAAUUACCAGGAAAAAAAACAGAGAGGCAAACUUGUGCAGCAGGGGCAUCCUGUCUCAUACACACUGCUGUGAUAAUGAAAUCCAAACCCUGCAGAAUUGCAGGCACAUUAUUCUCACUUGCUUUAAAGGUCAGCUAAGAAGCCAAUUUCUCAAAUGGGCUCAUAGCUCUGAGACAACUUAAGACUAGUCAUUUCUUCCAACAAAUUGCAGUUGUCAAAGAAACUGGAUUCAAAGAAACUCAUGGAGCUAAAAAUUGGUAUUAUGCACUUGGCAGAGAAGGAUGAAUUCAGUAACAGAGGUGAAGGUAUAUAAAAAUACCAUAAAAUCUGGAGAAAAAGGAACCAAAAAAAAUGCUCAACUUGAAGCACGUUACCUAUAAAAUUACUUUAAAAAUAAUCUAAAUCACCAACUGGAAGAAUGACAGGGUUUUGUCUUGAUCCUUCUUUAUUCACCUUCCAGAUCCACCUUGCAGGUGCUGCUUUAUCAGCUGAAUCAGUUUGGCCAGUCUUUUCAAAGUUGUGUGCCUCAAAUUAGGCAAUGAAAAUCAAUAUGUUAAAGCCAUUAUUUGAAUACUGAAAAAGAAGAUUCUUUGGCUUAACAUUUUUAUCUUAUUUGUGGGGGGAGGGGGUAAGAAAAUUUGUCACUAAACCUAUUGAACUGAGAAAUAUAAACUAAACUCCCAAAGCCCAAAUCUAGUAAGAGGGCUACAGUGAAAGCAACUUUCCAGACCUCAGCAUAUCUUUAUUAAAAAGUGGAUAGUUAUUUUUCAUUACAUCAAACAUUUGCAUUUUAAAGAAUUCUCUUUUAUGCUGUGGUUUUGCAAAUUUGUGUUACUACUUGGUUGGAUUUAAAAAAAAAACCCAAAUACUUCUUUAUUCUUCAUUCUUUUUCAGUUAUUUAUUUUCCAUAGCAGAGCAAUUCCAGCAUACUGUGUAUGACCCUGAAGGAGCAGCAGUCCACUGCAGAUAGGGAGCCUCAGCCUGUAUGGUCAAGAUGAAAAGUUCUGCAAAGUAUAGAUUGGGUGUCAGCUGAAGACAGGGCUGGUAGUAGUUGCAUGCAGUUUGUACUAUGACUUAAAUAGUUGUUUUUACUUUUAUAUUCAGAAGCAGACCUAUGUAUAGCUCAGGAGUAAUCUUCACCACUUUAUUUAGAAAUUCUUUCUGUAGUAUGUGUCUUUUCUGCGCGCCACUUAUAAAAUCUCUGCAUUUCAGAUCUGAGGCAUUGACAAAUGUAGGGUAUAAAUAAUAACUUGUGUCAGUGAAUCAAAUCACUGUGAACAACAUUUGUGAAGUAUUUAUGCGUAGUCUUACAUGUCUUAUAAGAGUCCUUUUUGCAAAUUCUGAGAGGUCAAGAGUAAUCUUGAUUUUAGGAUUUAAUUAGCAUCUAUAUAAUUUAUCUAAUAUUCACUGUGUACCAUUAUUACUGCAGUACUGAGGUUCAGUUGUGAAAUAGAAAUGUCAGGAUAAGCAGCACCAGCAGUUAUCGGCAUUGCACAUCCUACACAUAAUGUACACAUUUCAUGUCAUACUUCGUAUUUUAUAGAACAUAGUAUGACUGGUUAGAUAUGUAGAAAAAUAAUUAGGAAUAAAAAAUACAAAAUAUAUUGACUCUUCUGUGUCUGAUAGUUUUCUUGAGAUAUUAUGGGUAUAUUAUCACCUACUCUUGGGAUUGCUCUGAACUAGACUGUGUAUCUUUGGUAUCCAUCCUUGCUUUGGUGAGAGGCAUGGUCAACAUCAUCCUUUCAGUUGUUAAAACUCAGUUAUAUUAGAGACCAGAGAUGAUUAAUACAGGAAUUUUUCAGCCCAAUGUUGUAAGAGAACUAAUACUGUUCUUUUUCUGAAUAUGGUGGGUUCCACUGCUAGAACUGACUUUACAUCCUUCUUGAUUUGAUUUUAACCUUUCCCAGUUUACUAAAAUUCUGCAGUUCCAUUUUGAGGGAUUCCAUAGUGUUUUGAAGAAGUUGUGUGUAGUCCAGUUGUGCAAUCGGUGCAACACACAAAUGUUAAGCUGUUUCAGAUGACCAUCCUGGAGAGUUCAACCAAUGUUUCACAGCCACAAAUAAUCCUCUUCUCUGUUUGACACUUUGCUCUGCCCCUAUGGCCAAUUUUAGAGAAGGAACUGAAUUCUACUAAAAAUCUUCUGGUAGUUUGUAUUUGUUUCAGUGGGAUAAAUUCAUGACUAGGAGAAACUUUUGCAGAACAAGCUAGUCUUACUGACAUGAACUUCACAGCCUGAGCCCAUCAAGUCAUAGUUCAGUCUCUUCCCAAAGCCUUUGAGAACAAAUUGAUCUUCGCAUGCAGUAUCUUGCCUAGAAGAACUGGUAAUCGUUUUCCAGUUGUCUCUCACUAUGAUCCUGACUCUCCCAUCUAAUGGAAAACCCAUGAAAUUCAUGAAACCCUGAAUGGAAAAUCUGAUACUUCUGAUACUUGUUUAAACCCUUCUUCCAGGAGCCUGGUGCAAUUCUGAAAUUGGUGAUCUAACUGGCAACUCAUUCAGGCUCAUCGUCAUUUCCUCUGCAGGUGACACUAGAGGCUAGUGCUUGUGCAUAUCUUAAUCUUUGAUGCUUUAGAGUUGUAUGUUUCAUCUUUUCCCUUUGAUUUCAGUGUUGCCAAAGUAAAAUCUGAAGGCUAAUUCCUGUCUAAAAUGGUCACACACAGCUCCAAUAACAGGCCCAGACAUAUGUGAAGGUAAAUUGUAGGUAUGAGUAAAAAACCUGUAUUAUUUUAGGAAGAUGGAUAUUCACCUGAAUUCAUGAUGGUCAAUUUUAGAAGUGAGAAUUUUAUUAAGAGUUAUGAGCCACGUAUUGAUGAUCUAUCAUUUACUGAGAACAGAACAAAUGGAAGAAACAGUUCAGUGCAGUGCAGUUUUAAUCUCAGCUUUAUGAAUACUGAGACUUGCUACUUGUCUUUUGUCAAACUUCUCUGUUUUGCAAGUUGGAUAAAAAAAUUUGGUACUCCUAAAAUGUGAAGAUUGACCACCUCGAAGUCUGCACUCCUGUGGAAAUGGACCAAUCUCCCCUGGAUGCAAAUGUUUUUUGUGUAAUUCUCUAAUACUGUUUCAGUGUGGCCUAUAAAGCUUCUCUGAAGAGACUUGUACAGGUAUUCUGCACUAAGUAACAAGAUUACAACCUUGCACUAUCAACAAAGGAUGCUUAGCAUUACAAUAAUAUUGAAUGCCGUUAAAUAAUAUUAGAGCUCUAUCAGGGUUUAGAGCACUGUGAUGUUUGUGAACUAAAGCAGUUUGUACAAAAUUUCUUACAGAUACAAGGAUAGUUUAAUUAAUUACAAUAUUUCCAUUUUAGUAAUAUGCAGAAGAGGUAAGGUGGUGUCCCUAUUUCUAUCAACUUAAUGAUUAAGAGAUUCAUUUUAGUACUAUUUAAAUCUGAACAUUAUUUUAAAACAUCAGCCUGCAAUCUAAUGGGAAGGGAUGUGGCAGGUUAGAGUUUUACUGUGAGCUAGCAUGGACAGAAAAGCUCAGCAAAGCAUGUAAGCCAAGAACUUCCCACAAUGAAACCAAGGGAGUAAUUGCAAAAUCAAGUCUGGUUACUUGUCCUAUCCGUUCAGCAAAGGAAUCCACCUGCCAACAGAAGCAGAGUCUAUACAAACUAUUGCAUGCUGCAUUUCAUUUUUUUUUAUUGGGAUUCAUUUGACAGUCUUAGUGGUCUGGAAGUUACAGUAAGUACCUCUGGUUAAAAAUUACUAUUUCAGUUAUGAUUGCUUCCCCAAACCAACUGAAUUUAUUACUAACCAAAGACUUAUCUACUUGAAAACAAACCAGACAAGUUUGGUUCUGUCAUUUAUGUCUUUGACUGUGAGCAGUUGAAGUGCAUAAUAUAUGUACUAACCAGGCCUGUGUUGUGUCAUUGAGCAAGUUAUUCAAGGCCACAGCACCAGUAUAACACAGCAGAAUUCAGUAUUAAUCCCUCUAUGGGAACAUGAGUCUAUGUAAUAAAUUGAUGUGCCAUAUGUGUAGGCCAUGGGAAAAUUGUGUGUACAGUGAACUACAUAUGGUCUUAAAAGCUUUAACAUUUGUACUGCUCUUCCUGUAACAGAAUGUAUAUCUUGAUAGCUGUGACCCUAUGAGCUUCUGAAAAAAAAAAUGUAAUCUAAAGUUUAUUCUUCUUGUUUUAAAGGCGCUGUUUUGUGAGUUGCUGUGUAUACAGGCCUCCAUGCAGCAAGGGGUCUUUCUCCAUGUGUUGCUGGGAAAUGGAAAAACAGAUGCUAUCUGUAAAUCUUUGCAGGUUAGAGAGAUCAGUGAAUGCCUUUCCUGAAUCUCCUCCUGAUAAGCUGCUUCUUUUUUCUGUCAAUCAAAUGCAAACUGCCAAUAGCCUGGAUCUUCUAUAGAAGACACAAAUCAUUUGUUAAACGUCCCCGUUCUGUUCAGCUUCUAUUGAUACUACUUAAUUUUCCCAUUCUGCCUCCUUUUGAGUAGGCUUUGAUGACAGGAUACUUGCAAAGUGUAACUGAGGGUAAACAGUUUGCCUUUUCUACCCUUUUUCUUUUCAAAGCCACUGAAGGCCUCAAACAAGAAGAAAAGACUUUUACAAAACUCAUGCAGGCAUGUUGUUAAGAUAGCAGAAGGAUAAAACAGCCUUCUAAGAGUACUCCAAAUUAUCUUUCAAUGGCAUGCCUGCACUGCGUUGUGACUUGACAUCUUGCUUUCAUAGUGUGACCUGCUAUAAUGGUGUUUGUUACAAUGAGGUCCUUUUAGUUUGUCCUAAGAGAUUUUACUUGUUUGUCACCAUAUUAGAAACAUAAAGUACAAUCUAUAAGAAAAGCAAUAUACAAUAUACUAUACAUCUUCUUUGCCUCUAGUUUUAGGCUAGUAUCAUAUAAAUGUUUAUAAUCAAAGUACAGGUUUUAUUGUUCUUCACAGGACCAAGCAAAGAAGUUUUGACUUGUCUAAAUACUAACAGUAACAUUCCUAUUCAACAAAUACUCUUUUUCUCAUGCUUCUUGUUAACUUGUGGUGGGCGCCAUUCUACUCUGAUUCCCCAUUAAUGUCUUUGAAAGGGAAAAGUAAUGAGCUAUUUCAGUGCAUGACUUUUGCGCAGUACCUGAUUCAUAAAGAAAAAUAGAUCCAAAAUAUCAUUUAUAAUUUAUCAGUGAUCAGCAAAACAACAAAAAUCCUCUGAAGUUCAGCUAAGUUCUGAAGAUCUUGCAUUGCUUAUUCAGUUUUGCAAAGUUUCUCAAGUCAUUGUAACAGACAUAUUUGAUGAAGCCUUUGCCAUGGACACUGGCAUCAGCCUUCAUCAAAAAUUGUUCUAAUUUCUGCUUCUCACUUCUAGAAGCGUACUGUAAUGAAGUAAUUAUCUGGAUUUUUUUAAAAAAAAUAUACAGGUUUCCUUCAAGACAGUUCUCACUUUAUUUGACCUAGUCCUCUGGUAGAUAGCUCACAUUAAUCAAUUAUUGUCAUAUCAGUAAAACAAUAUCCAGAAAAAAAUGUUUCUCCAGACAAACUUCACUGAAGAACAUUUUGUUCCUGAUUGUGACCAGGCUACUUCUAUUUCACAGCUAAGUCACUGAAGAGCUGAUCAAAGAAGACAGACUAUUAAGACAAAUCCAGAAAUUUUAUACACAAGAAACGUGUGUAAUUGUUUUUUAAAAGUGGUACAAUAGGGAAGUUAUUAAGUUCUUUUUUCCUCAUUAAACUUCACUGAUACACAUAACAGUUGCUCAUAAAAUAUAUAUUUUUUUCCCCUCAAGUUCUCUCAUUUGAAGCCAAUAGAGCUUCAAAGCAAGAAAAGUUACCUGGUUACGUUGUCUGAAUUACUUGGUAAAUGCAAUUCAGCUGCCAAGUCCAUCCAGACUGACUUUCAUUGUCACACAUGUAGCUAGUUCACUGGAAGUCAUUGACAGAGCUUGGUUUUCUAAGCACUGCAAUAACAUGAUAUAAAAUGUACCUGUUCAGUUACAUUGCUGGUGCUCAAGAUACACCAUCCAGACUAUAUUAUUCAUCUCCCAUCAUUUAAAAAGGAAAAAAAAAAAAUGUUUAAUUCUGUGUCUUUGCAUUAUUCAAGUUCUCGUAUGUGAAGACUGCAUCUGGUAGUGUGUUGCAGACUUGCUUUCCCAUGAUAGAGUAGCUGGUUUCUCUCUUUUGUGAUACCUUUUCUUGUCUGUUUGGAAUUUUUUUGACGUCUUUUCAAUCAUGUCAAUAGCUUUGACUGAGCUGCCCGAUGUCUGGAAAUCCUCAAUAAAAGGCCACAAUAAAGAUGUGCAGAACAUUUCUGUAUCUCAGGUGAGAAGAGUUUUGUAUGGUUAUGCUGGGCUUUCUGCUGGGGCAGACCAAAUUUGCAAGUGCAAAACUCGUCUCACACUGUAGCUGUCACAACACAUGACACGUUGCUCAGCUAGUGCAGACACAUUGUCAUUGCAUUUCAGGCCAGCAAAUCCUGAUGAAAAACACAGAAGUUGCAGCAUUUGGAAUUUCAGAUGUUCACAGGAGUCUAUGACUUGCACCAGCUACUCUCUCUUGUACCAUGAAAACUAUGUGGAAGAAUAAGAAGGAAAAAUUAAAAAAAGAAAAUAAGUGAGGAGGAUGGUGAGGUAAAGCUCAUCUAUCAAACUUCGUGUCCUCUUAAACCUCCCUCUUUGCAAUUCCCAAAUGUGGAACUAACACCAUUCAAAUAUAGCAGUCAAUGCCGAUCAUCUGUCUCAUAGGAAUUGUAUGAGUUUCGUUAGGUAAAUUUUAUACUGAGUAGCUAUAAUACUGCCAUGGGGCAGGAGGUGACUGUCCUUUUUAAUAACCGUUAUUUAAAGAUUCAUUGCUGAAAUGGUCAAUAGCCAAAUACCCUGUUGGGACUUGGCAAGUAGAGUUCACUUUCCAGCAAAGUUUUGUGGUAGGAACUUUGAUUAUUACUAUGAAUCAGAAUGGAUCUGUGGUGGUCCUAAAUCUUCACAAAUAAAGCAGAUUAUUGCAGCACAGUCAAAACCUUGGUCAAUACUGCUAUGCCAGAAACCUGGUGUUCGGAACAAUUGCAGGUUUCCUACCUCCUGAUAAUCCUUGCAAAGCAAAACCAUGUGACUAAAAUUUACCUAACAGGAGUCUUUGUUUGGGCUAAAAGUUUGCAAAGAGCAUUGAAACCAUAUUCUACACUCCUUGCUGUAAAAAACCAUCAGUGGUCUGAUUCUGCAAGUGUUGUAUUUGCUGGGUAAUGCUCAGUCCGUAAGCAGAACCAUAGUCCAGCACGUCAACAUGUAACACAUUCCGUGUAGGAACAAGACAGCACUUUCCCCUGUCCUGCAUUUGGAUUUAAAGCUUAGUUACAUGGGCCAUUUAGGCUGCAGUCCCGCAUGUGCUCAGGUGAACAGGUAACUUAAAGGACACAGGGGCCUCACGCCAAGUGUGCUUUGGCCACGCUGCCUGCAAAGGUUGUGAGCAAGGGUGGCAGGACUGUGGCCAUACCUCAUUGGGUGGUUGUAGAUGGGAGUCGCACACCCAGUACCUAAUGCAGCAUUUCAGAUAUCUAAGGACUUAUUUUUCCAUACAUUCUACGCACAUUCCUACAUAUUUUAUGAAUCAGGUCUGUGAUCAAUGUUUUGAACAAUUUGUUUGUUGCAGUUUCAUGAGGUUACUAUCUCUUCGGUUUGCAAUGUAAAUAAUGUUGUACAUCUGCUGUUUUAUGAUAAAAAUGCCAUGUGAAUUGCUUAUUUUUAAGAUGUUACAGCUGUUAUGGUUUAUUUACAAUGCCAUCUUACAGUAUUGGUUUAAUAUACAAUGUAUCUGUAUGGCAUGAAUUAAAUUGCUUAUAUUUUACAAUGUCAAAUAUUUUAUUUUUGUUUUCUAAAAUGAAUACGUUUCAUCCUAUGCAGUUUCAUAAAUAAUUCUUAAGUAGCUCAUUAUGUCUGGAAAUAUUGCUUCCUCUCCAAUAGUGCAGGCAUAAGAACCAGUACUCCUGAUCGAAAUCAUCAGAUAUAUCAUCUAGGAAUUUUGGAUUAGAAAUAUAUGUACAAAUAUGUAAGCAUUUAUAGUUAAUCAGAACAUCUGCUAUAUCUUCCUUGCUUUUCAUGUAAUGAUACAUUUUAAUCAUUUUGUAUACUUUUUAUUUGUAAUUAUUUGUGAGUCAUACACAGUGUAAAUAACAUGUUUCAUUAUGCAAGAUUUCUAGGUAUUCGAGAUUACAAAAAAGUUGAAUUUGUAUAUGAAAAGAAAUUGACAGUAGAUUGGAACGACAUAAAAUAAAGUGGUGAUGACUAUAUCCUAUUUAUACUGUUCAUUUCCAGAUUGCCUGUUAAAGAAAUAACAUUUCAUUUGUCCUUUAAUGUCCAACCAGUUAUUUACAGUAUAUUACAUCAAUAAAUCAUGCAAAAGUCUAUUAAAAGUCA